GUAUAAGUCUAUGGGUAUUUUAUCUCAAAAAUCGUGUCCUGGGGUGUCUCAACAAAAUGGUUUAGUUGAGAGGAAAAACCGUCAUGUCCUUGAGGUUACUCGUGCUCUCCUCCUUUCUUCGUGUGUACCUUCUCUUUCUGGCCUGAAACUGUAGCUACUGCUGUUCGUCUCAUCAACUUUCAAGUCACUCCUGUUCUCGACCAAACUAGUCCAUAUUUUCGUCUGUUUCACAAACCACCGCCCUACUCUCGUCUUCGUGUUUUUGGGUGUGUCUGCUUUGUUCUUCUUCCUCGUUCAGAGCGUACCAAACUCACAUCCAAAACUGCCCGUUGUUGCUUCCUUGGCUAUAGUGACAUUCAUAAGGGUUACAUAUGUUUUGAUCCUGCUCUCCGUCGUAUCCGGGUUGCAUGUCAUGUGGUUUUUGUUGAGAACUUGAUGUAUCACACUUCCCAUUCUGCGACUGACCCGUCCCUUUUUGAUAUGUCCCUUCCGCCACCUACCUUUGCCAAGGAUGAUGAGGAUGAUGCAGCUCUCGACAUUCAGGACCCGCCGCUAUCCCCCGACUCUCCUCCUACAGCUACCUCGAAGGUGUCUAUCUCCUCAGAUGAUGACAUCUCCCCACCACCGGCUGAUCUUCCUCGUCGCUCUCUUUGCACAACUCGGGGCGUGCCCCCAAUACGCUACCAGGACUAUAUGGCAUAUAGUGUGGAUCCUAUUCCGAUUCCCACAAAAUUUUCACAGGCUACAGGUGAUCCCAAUUGGGAUCGAGCUAUGGAUGUUGAGUUUGAGGCUUUGGAAGAAAAUCAUACGUGGGAUUUAGUGCCCCGUCCUCCACCUACAGUGCCAGUCAUUGGAUCUCGCUGGGUAUAUAAUUUGAAGUUCUUACCGGAUGGAUCCCUUGAGCGCUUUAAAGCGCGUGUGGUUGCUCAGGGGGUUUGUCAGGAGUAUGGUAUCGAUUUUGAAGAAACUUUUGCCCCUGUGGCAAAAAUGUUGACUGUCCGAUCGUUGCUGGCUGUGGCAUCUAUGCGAGGUUGGCCGCUCUUCCAGCUUGAUGUCAAGAAUGCAUUCUUGCACGGUGAGCUCAAGGAGACUGUUUACAUGGAACGCCCUCCUGGCUAUACUCGUGGUACUCCUGAUCAGGUCUGCCUGCUCCGUCGGUCUCUCUAUGGUUUGAAACAAGCUCCGCGAGCUUGGUUUGACAAGUUUCACUCCACCAUUUUGACUCUUGGUUUUCAGCAGAGUCUCAACGAUCCCUCGUUGUUUACACGCCAUACUGGUGCUGGUCUGGUGGUGUUACUGAUUUAUGUCGAUGAUAUGAUCAUUACUGGUGAUGAUUCUGCAGGCAUUACAGCUCUUACUGAUGGCCUCCACGCCUCCUUCAACCUUAAGGAGCUAGGCUUUGUUGAUUACUUCCUGGGACUCGAGGUUAAGCGCUCUUCUGCAGGUAUUCUUCUCUAUCAGACCCGUUAUGUAGAUGAUCUUCUUGAGACCGCCCGGUUUGCUGAGUGUACACCUGUCUCUACUCCCAUGGAGAUGAAUCUCAAGCUCGGGAGGGAGUCUGGCGACCUCUUGCCCGACGGGGGCAAACACUACCGUAGUGUGGUUGGCAGUCUGAUAUACUUGACGUCUACUCGUCCCGAUAUCGCUUAUGCAGUACAGAUUGUCAGCCAGUUCAUGUCUUCUCCCCGUACAGAUCAUUUAGCUGCUGUUCAUCGGAUUUUGAGGUACCUGCAGGGUACACGAGAGGUCGGACUUUUCCUUCCCUCAGGUUCUCUUGUUCUGCAAGCCUUCUCGGAUUCUGACUAUGCCGGGUGUGUGGACACGAGACGAUCUACCACUGGCUGGUGUGUGCGGUUAGGUGAUUCAUUCAUUUCUUGGCGGUGUAAGAAGCAGGAUCGUGUUUCGAAGUCUUCUACAGAGGCCGAGUACAGGGCUAUGUCUGAUGUCUCUUCAGAACUUGUCUGGUUACGUCGUCUUCUUGGUGAUCUCGGGGUUGAUUGUGAUCUUCCUCUCCAGCUUUAUGUCGAUAACACUAGUGCUAUUCAGAUCGCUCAGAAUCCGGUGCUUCAUGAUCGGACGAAGCAUAUUGAAGUUCAUUUGCACUAUAUUCGUGACUUGGUUCGUGAUGGCAUUCUUCGUCUUUUUCACAUCAGAUCCGAAGACCAGAUUGCUGAUUUAUUGACCAAGUCAUUCUCCGCCAGUCGUCAUUUCUAUCUUUCUCGCAAAUUGAUGAUGAGAGAUCCUCAUCAAUUUGGGGGAGGCUGUUGAGUAAUGUAACAUGGGCCUUGAGCCCACUUCCCAUAUGUAGCUCGGGUGUAUGGGAUUACUUGGACUGGCCGAGUAUUCUAGGGUUAGAGAGCUAGGGUUAAUUCUCUAGUUCUUGUAUAUAUAUGCUUGUAACCAGACUUGUCGGGGUUAAGCUGAAUAAUACGAUACUAUAGCU